CAAUUGUUCAUUUGUCCGAGAUCGGGUCUUACUCGAUCGUUCCCUUUCGAACAAGGAAGUCGACUUCAAAACAGACAUCUAUUAUUGCUGUACGGCGAUAAUGUCUGAGCGGAAGACCUCCCUCAGGGAUUUGCGGUUGAGUCAAGCCGCCAAUUUGUUGUCCACUUCACGAGUUAAAUCUACCUUGGCUCCAUCGACCCUUCGAGAAAGACCCACCAAGGGGGAUGCUUCAUUGGGGCGAACCUUUAAUGCGGCCCCUAAACAACGGCUUAACUUGUCCGAAGCCCGCAGCCGUGAUUGGGUGUCAAGGGCUGAUGCAGUUCUCAAAGCCAAGGAAAGUGCCAAGAAAGAAACGAAGCGGGCCAGAAAAAGACGGCAAUGGCAGGAACGGCUGGAGGCCCGAAAGUCCGAUGGGCUCACCGCCAAGACACCUGGGGAUAACCAAUCCCCUUGGGCUUUUAUUCCAGACUUGGUUUUAGAGAAAAUAUUUCGAUAUCUUCCGUUCCAGUCAAAGGUGUCUGCCGCUAUGGCAUGUAGACAUUGGAGUAGAUGUAUGAAGUUUCGAUCGGUGUGGGCGGGAUUAGUUUUUGAUGAUAUUACCAUGAGUCGAACUAGAUACAAUUUCGCGGGCAAGGUGUAUGAGUCGCGUUUGGACGCCGGUUUAUCCUGCAGACUCUGGGCACGGGCUCUUUCCUUCAGAUCUACUUGGGAUCAUUUGGAAGUGCAUGAAGAAAGUCUCCGUGAUGCAGGGUUAAUGCAUUACAAGUACAAUCACGUGGCUAGGAGUGAAGAGGAAGUUUUGGACACUGUCCAAGCCAGUAAUGCACUGAACAAAAUUGCCCACAAGCUCCGGCAAAUUUCCUUCAUUCCAAAGAGGAAUCUCCACAACACGUGCGUGUUUCAGAGGAUCAUGACUAAAUUCUGCGAAUACAAGGGCUCCUUACCCGAUGUCGAGUUGUUUAGCUACACUUUUCCAUGUGACUUUGCCCGCAAAAGCAAUGAAACAGAUAUUUACGGCACUGGUGGAAUGAUCCUACAAGACAUGAAAAGCCUUUUGCGCCACUUUCCCGGCCUUAAGAAACUGGAACUUAUAGACCUGCAACUUGACGGAGUCGAUGCUUGUCACGUCUUGGAUGAGGUCAGUUCCGUGUGCGCGCAAAAGAUCACCCAUUUGUCAGUAAUCAACACGUCUCGAAGGCCCUUGUCACUAUUGGCCGUGGCCAGUUUCGUCAACCUCCGGUGCCUGAUCAUCUCACCCCAUAACCUCGGCGACGAUUUAGUUGAGUGUUUAGGGGAUAUGCCUAAGAUGAGAAAUAUUCAGAUUAUCACCAACAAUUACACAGAGUGUGUCCCCACUCCAGUUGACUACCGAAUCUGGAAGGAAUGCCGCAAAUCCAAUCCAAGAUUAAGAGUUCACUUGAUCACGGAGGGAAAACACUCCAAAGAACUAACUUUCCAAGCGCGCGCUCCAGUUCGAUCCGUGGUGUACGACACGCCUUACACGAAGGUGUCGAAUUUCUCCAUUAAUCUAGUGGUGGACAUGUAUGGAACGGAUUUGGAAUGCUACGCUCACAAAAGGCUGCCUCGUUUUACCAUGGCCAAAUCCUUUUAUGACAGACCCGACACCUCUUACCUUCUUCUUGUCAGACAAUGCCCCUAUAUCCACACCUUGAUGAUACGAGAAAGGAUUUCAUCGGCCACAGUCCUACUCAUCGCUUACACUGGCAAAAAUCUAAGGUUCUUUCAUGUGAGAAAAAACGCAAUCGUUCUCAAAUGCGAAUGGCCGAAAAAUCCAGAGUGGAGCUGGGAAUUCUACAGAUGGCUUAAGAAGAACAGCAGGUCAUACGAGGACAUGGAGCGCGAGGUGUCACAAAUCCUGGGAUUUCGUUGGUACGCCCUGAACGACAAGCAGUUUAAGGUCACACCCCUAAAUCUCAACGUGCCCUAUUAUUACGAAGGUUUUGACGAGCAUUAAUCUCUCCAAAACCGUCGUCCCUUGAACCAACAGUGGACUCGGAUUUGAGCUCAAAUAAAAACAAGGCAUUAGUCACAACCA